AUGGCCACCACAACCCAAUCCUCCCCAGCGCUCACAUUCCCUCGCCCAAUCUUCGCCGCUGUCUCCCCGCACCCGUUUCUCCAAGCGCAUCUCUCCGCUGAGAAGAAGAAGCCAAUUCGCGCCAACGGCCGCACCGCAAACGAAUUUCGCACACCAGGUAUCAACACCGGGAGUUUAACUCACUGCAACGGCAGUGCGGUCGUGCGACUCGGAAACACAAGUGUGGUGUGCGGAGUGCGCGCGGAGAUCUUGAAAGAAGAGGACAUACCAGGUACCUACAAGUACCCAGGUCAGAAUGCAGACGACGAAGACGACGGGGAUGAUGAGGAAGUGGAAGAGCUGAGGCUCUUGGUCCCAAACGUGGAACUAUCUACAGGAAGCACGCCCUCUCACAUCCCCGGCAAUGCACCGUCCACAUAUGCGCAAACACUUAUAACCCGCAUACGCUCUCUCCUCAACUCAACACACCUUCUUCGCGCCUCAGACCUCCGCAUACUAUAUAAGCCAUCAACAAAUCCCGAAGAUCCAGACACGGAGGCCGAGACACAACUGAAAGGCUACUGGGUCCUCUACCUCGAUGUCUUCUUCAUCAGCAUUGAUGGCAACGCAUUCGAUGCUGCGUGGAUAUCUAUACUUGCCGCACUCCGCGAUACACUUCUUCCACACGCUUACUACGACGAAGAGUACGAGGGAAUACUAUGCUCGGACGAACCAAAUGAGGCGCAUCAGCUUCAGCUACGUGGUCUACCAAUACCCAGCACAUUCGCAGUGUUCGAAGGCAGGAGAGAAGAGGAAGACGAAGCAGUAGACUUUGUACUCAGUGAUCCGGAUGCGUUUGAGGAGGGCGUAUGCAGAGAAACGGUCAGUGUGAUGGUGGAUUGCGCUGGCGGAAACAAGGGUACAAAAGACUUGGUCAUCAGGCGAGUGGAGAAGAGCGGUGGGGGUGUUGUGGGGAGAGAGACAAUGGGAGCUCUGGUCAAGAGAAGCAUCGAUCGGUGGGGUGUUGUCGAAAGUGUGUUGAGUGGGAAAGCUUGA